CCUGAAUCAGCCCUCCCUCAGCAAAUGGGCUCCGCACUCAGAGUGAGACAAUUUCCUACUGGGUUUACCCACAUGAAGCGUAUGAAGUGCUAACUGCAGAUGGCUACAUCCUUCUACUCUACCGAAUUCCUCAUGGGAAGAAUGACUCUAAUCAUUCAGUCCAAAAGCCUGUUGUGUAUUUACAGCAUGGUGUGCUAUUAACUUCCAGUAUCUGGAUUUCUAAUCCUCCCAACAAUAGCCUGGGCUUCCUUCUGGCCGAUGCUGGUUAUGAUGUGUGGGUGGCAAACAGCAGAGGAAAUAGGUGACCCAGGAAACACCUGCACCUGGAAACAGACUCCAAAGAAUUCUGGGCCUUCAGCCACCAUUGAUUUCAUUGUGAAGAAAACAGGACAAAAGCAAAUUUACUAUGUGGGCCAUUCCCAGGACACCCUGAUUGCUUUUGCAGCAUUUGCAACAAAUCCACAACUGGCUGAAAAGAUUAAAAUCAAUUUUGCACUGGCUCCAAUUGCCACUGCUAAAUACGUAACAAGUGUUUUGCGCUUCACUUCUUACAUCGACCCACAACUGUUCAAGAUCCUGUUUGGUGAAAAAGAAUUUUUACUCAAUGAAUAUAUCAAUAAAAUCAUGGGUCAGGAUGUGUGCAACCGUGAGAUAAUUGAUACAGCUUGCAACAAUUUAAUUACAUUGGUGGGUGGAUAUAAUCCCCAAAACUUAAAUCAGAGUCAUAUGGAUGUAUAUCUAACAGAGCUGCCAUCAGGAACAUCAAUUCAAAAUAUGUUACACUAUGGUCAGAUGGCUAAUAAAGGUACAUGUCAAGCUUAUGACUGGGGAAGUCCAUCUUUAAAUAUUCUACACCAUAAUCAGCUCACUCCUCCAUUAUACCAUGUGGAGGAUAUGAGGGUUCCAACUGCAAUGUGGAGUGGUGGACGGGACAUUCUGGUGGAUCCCAUAGAUAUUAAGAAUUUGGAACCAAGAGUCUCCAAUCUCAUUUACCAUAAGAAGAUUCCUUCCUACAAUCAUCUUGAUUUUAUGCUAGGGUUAGAUGUUUAUGAUCAGAUUGACACUGAAAUCAUCACGAUGAUGAAUGAAGCUCAAUGAGGUUGAAAAUUUCUUUGGCUCCACACAUAUUUUCCUACCUCUUCUGAGGUCCGUUUGAUUUUCCAAAUGCAAAGGUUUUCUUGCUUGUCUUUUUUUGUUUAAAUGGUUUUUGGUUUAUAAGUCAGAAUCACUUUGUUAAAUCAUUUGUACUAGACCAAAGAAGAAUGAGCACUUAUAAAAUAUUUCAUUCAUCUUGUGAAGGCUUUUCAUGUCACAGGAAUUUUGAUAUUUUUGACAAGAAGAGAGAUCUUUGAAGAGUAAGCAUACUUCCUACGGGCAAUAAAACAAUCUUGAAAUAUUUAUUUAUGCAAGCAGAAACUGAGUUAUAUGGUAUGCAUUUGAGGGGAUGUGGUGACUGGAGAAGGACUAUAAAAAUGCCUGCCAUACUUUUUGGCAGGGAAACCAGAAAAGACCUUGUCAAUUAGUCCUUUUGGCUGAAAUUCAAGAAGACCAGGACUUCUCCUGACUUACCCUCUAAUGAUCGAGUAACUGUUUUGAAGAAACUGAUUACAUUAGAGUUGCCUAGUGUGGAAAAUAGGGGAAAUUUUUUAGAAUCACUUUUCUAUUAUGGAAAAUGCUCUUCCCGGGACUAGUAGUUUCAGCAAGUACUUUGCCAAUCAGUA